AUGUCGACCUCGCACGGCCGCCGCAUCCGGGCCGUCCCGCUCCCUUGCCCGUCCUUCGUCCCCGUGUCGACCAAGGUUGCAUCGGUGCUCGCCUGUGCCGCCAUGACGGCGAGCUACCUCGCGUGGGCCGUCGCGCUCUGGCGUGGCUACUUUGAGCUGUCCGAGAUCAAGGCGGCGUCGAACGGCACCGAGUACGACCAGCUCGUCGUCAUGGCGCGGUACUCGGCGUUCACGGCGUGGUACGCCGUGACGGCGGCCAGCCUUUGCCUCGGCGCGCUCGUCGUGUCGAUCUGGCCGCAAGCCGAGACGGCAAAGUGGCUCUCGAGGUUGAUCUGGAUGACCUGGCUCGCGACCUGGGCGUUUGGCAUCUUUGGCAUCGUGUCGUUCCUCUCGUCGGACGCGUUCCUCGCGGCGGGCUGCGAGCGCGGCGACGAGUGCUGGCAGAUCCGUCAAGGCUUGCAGGUCGGCCUCGUCAUUGCCGUGUUCGCAACUUUGGCCGUCGUCUUCUACUGCGCCAUCAUCCUUUCGUCCUACGUCCACACGCUCCACCCGCACCUCUUCAUCUCGCCCGACAGCGACAGCGACGACGAGUACUCGGACGUCGAGGAGCAUCGGGCGCAAGAGCUCGAGGAGGAGCUCAUGCGCAGCGGGCACCCGUACGCCGGCGACGCGCUCAAGCUCCUGCACCACGAGCGCAAGCAGCUCGCCGCCGAGCGCAGCAUGAGCCGUCGUCGCUCGGGCUACACGCCGGAGAAGGACGACGACGAGCUCCCGCUCGCGCCGGCGUCGUCGUCGAGGGUCGCCGCGCCGCGCCGCGCCCCGCGCGAGUACAGCUCGAGCGAGUCCGAGGGCUCGUCGGCGUCGCACUCGGGCUCGAGCGACGAGGAGCGCGCCGUGCUCGUCGGUGCGGGUGGCAGCGGCCGGCCCAAGGCGACGGCGGGCAUGACGACGAGCCGCGGUCGCCCGCCGGCUCGCGCCGGCAGCGCUCGCCAGCUCAGCGACAUCUCGAGCAGCGGCGUCGAGUCGGCGUCGGGCACCGAGAGCGAGGGCCCGGCGCAGUCGGCGAGGGAGAUGGGGCGGCGUCGCUCGAGCAGCGUCUCUCGCUCGCGCUCGCGCUCGAGGCGCGUUUGA